ACAUAAAGGCUUGUGGACCGAGUUUUCUCCCUUUGUCCGUUAAUUAGGGAAGGAAUCACGUUAAUGAACCAUGUCUCAUCAAACUGGAAUCAAAGCUAAUAACGAUUUGAAGCAGUUUUUCGGAAAAUGCCGCGAUGGAAAGGUUAGGAUUUUCAAAGUCUCGAUAGAAAAUGAAGAGCUUGUGUUGGCUGAUCACAAAAAGAGUAGAGGCACCUGGGAGCAGGAUUAUGACUCAAGUGUGUUGCCACUCGUCAAGGAACAGCAGCCAUGCUACUUGCUCUACAGACUGGAUACAAAGACAGGGUCAAACUAUGACUGGGUCAUGAUCAGCUGGUCGCCGGAGGACUCGCCGGUGAGGCAAAAGAUGCUGUACGCGUCAACGAAAGCGACCCUGAAGCUCGAGUUUGGUGGCAGUCAGAUCACCGAAGAGCUGUUCAGCACGUGCAAGGAGGACGUGUCGCUGCAGGGCUUCAAAAACCACAGGAUCAGCAGCAAAGCUCCAGCACCCCUUACGUUUAGGGAGGAGGAGUUGGCUGAGUUGAAGAAGUACGAGGGCACGUCCACGGAGGGCGUCAACGCUCGACAGCAGACCUUGCAGUCGGUCGCCUUUCCUGUCUCGGACGGCGCAAAAAAGGCCAUUCUGCUACUCGCUGAGGGGAAAUACAACUACCUUAGACUAAGAAUCGAUCUCGAAAAGGAAGAGAUUCACCUGGAUGACACAAAUACAUUGUCCGUUGCUCAGCUUCCGAAUCAAGUUCCGACCGACGCCGCCAGGUACCACAUUUUCAACUUCAAGCACACCCACGAAGGCGACUACAUGGAAAGCAAUGUGUUCAUUUACUCCAUGCCUGGAUAUAAUUGUUCGAUCAAGGAGAGAAUGCUAUACUCAAGCUGCAAAGCUCCGUUGCUUGAUGUCAUUGAAAACCAUUUCGGAGUGGCUAUAGCUAAGAAGCUUGAAAUCGAUAGUGGUGACGAGCUGACACAAGAAUUUCUGCAGGACGAGCUUCACCCGAAGAAGAACCUGCACCGGCCAAAGUUUGACAAGCCUAAAGGUCCUCCUAAUCGCGGCGCCAAGCGCAUCACGAAGCCAGUCCAGGCAGACCAGUGAUUAAACAAGCGUCGUUUUUUACUUUUUUAUUUAAAAUUUUUAAGUAUUUAAAUUUUACGCCCCUGUGGUUGUUCUAGAAAUCUUGCCUAGAAAUAUUUAUACGUGUCGCAAUUAAUGAAGGUAUUAAAAAAACGCUAUUAUUGUUGAUAAA